AUGGCGAACGCCGAAGGUCCUCUCCUCUCUCCCCCGUCGGAGUCGGCUUCGACUGUCCCACUCGAUUCUCCGAUUCGUACCACAGCCAUACACCCAGACCUUCCGGAGAUUCAAGUUCCCGGAGGACCCCUUCCCGUUUACAGCUACCAUCCGAUUACUUGCCAACCUAUCGAAUACCAAGAUUCUCGCGCAGAGCUCGAGCAGUUGUGCCAAGAGUUUCCUUCUAAAGAAGCUGCUCUGAGAGCCCAGGAACAAGCCGCCAAAGAAGCAAGAAGGAAAAUCGAAGAAGUCGAAAAGAAGAGGGAGCAGGUUCAGAAGGCGAUCGACAAGAAGAUCAAGGAACUAGACACGGAGAUGAAGGUGUUAUCGAAAUUUCAGGAAGUUAAGGCAUCGGAUAUUCCAUCUUGA